AUGACUGCUCCGAUAAACGUUUUGUCGUCCAGAAGGACAGUUUUGCUAGCAGUAUUGGCUAAGCACGAACAAUUUUUGGCAGAAUUUGACCCGGAACGGGAUGCAAUCGAAAUCAACAUUCGCAUUGCAAAGGUCCAGAAGCUUUCCGUUGAUUUGGAAGCAAUUCAGUCCAAAUUGGAAGAUGCGGCGGCCACCGAGGAAGUGAUAAGUCACAAUGCCGCGUUACGAGACGAUUUUGGCUCGCGUUUGAUACGCCUUGAAGCCCAUUUGAAGGCUAAACGAGUGCACGCUCCGCGAUCCGCAAGCACAACACCAAACACUAACCCGUUGGCAGGUAUAAAGCUUCCCACCAUCUCACUUCCUGAGUUCGAUGGUGAUUACAUGCAAUGGCUCACAUAUAGGGACACUUUUGAGGGAUUAAUUCACGAAAACAUGGAACUACCACCGAUACAAAAGUGUCAUUAUUUACGAGCUUCCGUGAAAGGCGAGGCCGCAAAGGUGAUCGAAGCAAUCACGAUCAGCGCAGCCAAUUACGAGUUAGCAUGGCAAAUGCUCACCGAACGAUACUCGAAUGAGUAUUUGUUAAAGAAACGGCAUCUUCAAGCACUUUUUGGUAUGGCCACCGUUAAGAAGGAGAGUGCAUCAACCCUUCACCAUCUUGUGGACGAGUUCGAACGUCCCAAGAAAACGCUCAAUCAUCUAGGCGAAAAAACGGAUGGAGCUGCUUGUUAG